UCACUUCCACUUCCAAACUCCCUCCUUUUCCCAUUUCUUUCAAUCUCUUUCUCAUGUCAUGAACUCUCUGAAGCGAUCACGAUCCACCGAAUCCCCCCAAUCCUUCCACUUCUCUCUCCCCCCCCCUUAUUUCCGCCCUUGUAUUUCCACCGAUCAAGAGCUCUCUGUAAUCGUCACUGCCUUGACCUCUGUCGUCUCUGGCACUGCUUCCGAUCUCCAUUACUCCAUGGCCGAUGGGUUUUGGCGCCAAAAUCAAACUCCGCCGCCUUCCUUCGAUUCCCCUGCCUCUGAUUCCUUCUCUGCUUCUGCGACUACUUCUUCCCUCAGUUCUUCCAGUACCGACGCAAUUUUCUCUCCCUCUGUUUUUGAAACUUGCAGCGUUUGUCAAAUCGAAGGUUGUUUAGGAUGCAAUUUCUUUCCGCCGUCGUCGUCGCAGGUCAACGUCGAGAAGAAGAUUGGAAAUAAGCGGUCGAAGAAGACUUAUAGAGGCGUUCGGCAGCGGCCGUGGGGGAAAUGGGCGGCGGAGAUCAGAAAUCCGAAACUGGCGACUAGAGUUUGGUUAGGGACGUUUAAUACUGCUGAAGAAGCUGCUAGGGCUUAUGAUAAGGCGGCUUUGGAGUUCCGAGGGCCGCGAGCGAAGCUUAAUUUUCCGUUUACGGAUGAUUCGUUGAGAAUGAUGAGUUCGGAGCGGGAAAUACAGAGGACGGAAAAUGAAAUUUCUAGAAACGGUAGCAAUUCGUCGGGGAAUGGAAUCGGGAAUGAAGACGAAAUAUGGGGAAAAAUUGCAAAAGAUGAAAUGGAUCAAUGGAUGUCGACGUUGAUGACGGAUCACGGUGGCGAUUCGUCGGAUUCCGCCAGUAUUGGAACUUGGGAAUUUUCUUGAUUCCUUUUCUAAGAUUAGAAUAGCAAUAAUAAUAAAAGUUUUGCUUGUAAUUUUAUACCAAAAAUAUAGUUAGUGAAUUUUGAUAGCAUCCAUUUUUGGCAGUUCUCCUAAGUAUUUUUUAGGACAACUACCAACUUAACCUAAAUUUUGGGUUGUUCUAAUACCCAUAUCAAAUUGGACAUCAAUUUAAUCAAUUGUAUAAGAUAUGGGUGUAUUUAUAA